AUCAUCUGGGACCCACACGCCUUUGUGACUUGUGCUUUCCUCUCCUCAGAGAAAGCUACCGAUGGCUCCCUGCAGAGCGAGGACUGGGCCCUCAACAUGGAGAUCUGCGACAUCAUCAACGAGACGGAGGAAGGUCCCAAAGAUGCCUUUCGAGCAAUAAAGAAGAGGAUCACGGGGAAUAAGAACUUCCACGAGGUGAUGCUGGCUCUCACGGUCUUGGAAACCUGUGUCAAGAACUGUGGGCACCGCUUCCACGUGCUGGUGGCCAGCCAGGACUUCGUGGAGGGCGUGCUGGUGAGGACCAUCCUGCCCAAGAACAACCCCCCCACCAUCGUGCACGACAAGGUGCUCAACCUCAUCCAGUCCUGGGCCGACGCGUUCCGCAGCUCGCCCGAUCUGACUGGUGUCGUCGCCGUCUACGAGGACCUGCGGCGGAAGGGUCUGGAGUUUCCAAUGACUGACCUAGACAUGCUGUCGCCCAUCCACACACCCCAGAGGACCGUGUUCAACUCAGAGACACCGUCCGGACAGAAUUCUGCGGGCACUGACACCUCUCAUCGGGGGGACCCCAGCCAGCACGCGGCUCCUGUGUCCACCCCAGCUGUACUCCCCAGCGACACACCCAUAACGCCAACCCCUGAGCAGAUCGGGAAGCUGCGCAGUGAGCUGGAGAUGGUGAGUGGGAACGUGAGGGUGAUGUCGGAGAUGCUGACGGAGCUGGUGCCCACCCAGGCAGAGCCCGCAGACCUGGAGCUGCUACAGGAGCUCAACCGGACGUGCCGAGCCAUGCAGCAGCGGGUCCUGGAGCUCAUCCCCCGGAUCGCCAACGAGCAGCUGACGGAGGAGCUGCUCAUCGUCAAUGACAAUCUCAACAACGUGUUCCUGCGCCACGAACGGUUCGAGCGGUUCCGGACUGGCCAGACUGCCAAGGCCCCCAGUGAGGCCGAGGCGGCAGCUGACCUCAUCGACAUGGGCGCUGACCCAGCAGCCACUGGCGGCCUCUCGUCCCAGCUGGCAGGAAUGAACCUGGGCUCCAGCAGCGUGAGGGCUGGCCUGCAGUCUCUGGAGACCUCCGGCCGCCUGGAGGACGAGUUUGACAUGUUUGCCCUAACACGGGGCAGCUCGCUGGCCGACCAACGGAAAGAGUGAGUGGCGGCCCCCUGCAGUUUGG